AACCCUAGUACCGCUGAAUUUGUACACAAAAUAUAAAUAAAAAAUUGAGAUAAUAAAUAUAAAUAAUAAAUUACUGCCAAUAUGAAUUGUGCCACGUGUCAAGGCAAUAGUGAGCAAACAACAAAAUGCUUUUUAAAGGCGCUGGACACCAUAAAACAACAUUUUUUGCUGCUGCAGGGCCUGUGUGUGGAAAAGGCAAAUAGUAUUAGCCUGUUAAAUCAACGAAACGAAAAACUGCACAAAGCCCUCGAAAUGCUGCGGCAAGGGCAGGAGCCCAGAGUCAAGUCAAGCCCCAAGCGUCGCAGACUGUCGCCCAAAAAGGCGAAAAAACAAAUGUCACGCUACAGCAGCGCACUGGUGGAUGCCUCUCCCAUGAUACCUGAGAGUCAGGACUCGCUGAACAUGAACAUAGCACUGCAACCAGAUGAUGAAGAGGAAGAAAUCAUAACAGAAACGGAGCCUGCAAUCAGUCCCUACAAGCCCUGGAGCACACGUCGCAAGCUUAACACACGGAACUGCGAAAAUGAGCAGCCGACAAGCACAACAACAACCGCCGAUACCAAUUGCCCCUGGCUAGGCAAAGUACCCAAGGACAAGUUGCCAUUGAGCAAGACAAAAAUGUCGCUGACAUUGCGCGGCGAUUCACCCAGACUGAAGCAAACGCGCCUGCAUUUUGAUGGCAGCAAGGCGAACAGUUCGGCCUGCGAUAAAGAUGUUAUUGAAUCCAGCCCCAAUUUGUAUACCUCGCUGAAGCAUGCCAAACAGUCACGUUCGCUUUUACAGAGAGCCGACAACAGCAGCGCCUUAGACAUCAAAACCAUCGCAAAAAGCGAAACGAAACCCAACAGCAAUAACAAGCUCCUUUUUGACAUGGAUGACGACGAGUCGAUCUUUGAUCUGUGCCCAGAUCCGUCAGCACCUCAACCACCUUCAGAUCUCGCUCUGCCUCCCUUGAGCGGCGCUUCGGAUACGUCCAGCGUAGUGUUGCUCACACCUGCCACACAGGAUAUUGUCUUUAUUGACGAUAGCAUAAAUGAAGCGGAUACUUUGAACACAAUGGACUUCAUGGAGGAGGCCAUUAAAGAGGAUGACAAAGUCUCAAUGACAAGGCUGCAGGAAUUUGAAGCAAAGCUAAUCGAAAAGCGUAAAAUAGAGGCAGCCAAAGUAAAAAAUAGCUCGAAGCCCAUAAGUAUAAAACAUGAGCCGCUUACAGAGCUGCAAAAUGAUGUAGGUAAUGAGUCAACCAAACUGCCACAAGAUUUUGAUAUAGAAGACCAGGAAGAGGAGGAAGAUGAGGAGGAGGAAAUCUUUCCGCGUCCUAUUCUGGUCAAACAAGAACCCGAAAUGAGUGUAAAAGAACGCUACAAUAUUGCAUGUCCACGUUGUGAGAAGUUCAUCAAGUUUAUGGGCACAAAUUUGAAUGAUGAAAAGAUACGCAGAUAUCUGAGUAAUUGCAGACACGAUCGCGAACAGGAGAACAACACGCCUGCUGGCUUUUGGAAUCCGCACAUGAUUUCAUUUUCGGACGAUGAUCCACGUAACGAAGUUCACGUUGAUCGUCGAUUUGUUAAUCAGCGGAAGAAAUAGCAAACUUAUAAGACUUGAUUUA